AUGCUUCGGGUCGUCUCACAGCAUCGAUACGCCGCUCAACCCGCGUUAUGCAAGCUGUCAUCCCCCCCUCCACCGUACUCCCCUCCAAGUCAGCAGCAGCAAGCGGACCAUGCAAGUCAUACUACACCAGUCCAUGAAUCUACGUCUUCUAAUGCCGGAUCUCCGUACAUGGGCAGUCGGCAACAGUCAAUCCCGCGGACUCGUCCCUUAUCUGUUGCCCGUCCGGAUGCGGGCCAUAACAGCCAGGUUUCGCUUCCACCGCCGCCUCCGCUACCGCACGGAGCACCGGCGUCUAGGUCAUCGUCUCACAGCCGGGCUGAUGCGUACCAUGAGCAAUCUUUCAACAGCGGAUCUCGCCCAUAUGUAAUGUUUUCGGAAGACAGUUUACAAGGCUCUCAAGCGAGCGGAUACGGCUACCAUGCCGCAACCGCCCAGCGCGAGGAUCUGAGCCGUGCUCCGAAUUCCAGACGAGCGGUCUCGGCCGGUCCCGUUGUAUCAAGUGCAGGGUCAUCAAGAGCUACAAGCCAAUCUAGAAGUGGCUCGCCACAAACCGCAGCCUGGGAGCCGGGGAUGCCACUUCCUCCGCCACCUCCAGGCCCUCCGCCGGCUCCAAGAUCGCAGAGCGUGAGCGGACUGGGUGAUGCGUCAUCUUCGCGCAGCUCGCAGGCCUCUACCCGCACAGCACGUCAAGCACCUUCUUUGGGAACUGGGUUGGGUAGCAUCCCACCAACACCGGCAGGAUGGGUAGAUGAAGGUCUUUCCGAGCCUGCGCCCAAACCGGACAGAGCGCCACUUGUUGACACUCCGAGUCAGAUAGCUUCUUGGGAAGCCAAUGGUUCAGGGUCUAGUGGUGCUCAUACAUCUCGAGGCUCCGUGAGCGGUGGUCUCUCUCGUAGUGCAGCGAUCCGAGAUUCUAGUGUGAAGGGAAUACGGGAAAGACGGAUUGAGCGAAGAAACCGGCAGAGCCAGGUUUUUGACGAUUAUAGUGCAGUGUCGACUAGCACCAAUCCAUGGGCUGACGCAUUGGAUCAAUUAAAACCGUCGAAUCUCGUCUUAGAUGGCCGAGCCGGUGGAGAGAGGUCUCGCGAUGCGUCCACAAAGUAUGCCCCACGGAGCAAUCACAGUGCCCCAUCUGAUAUGCAUACAUCCCGGUCGCGUGCGUCAUCAACAAGCCUGUUUUCCUCAGAUCGCUCUGCGUUCUCGACUCCUCGAGUCGAACCAAGCCCGUUUGAACCGCCAUCGCAAAGAUAUGCUCAGACGCCUCCAUUCUCGCCAAAUGCAGAGUCAUCUUUCCAGAAGACCUCAUCGCAGGCGAUCCCUCCGAAAGCCCUUCCCACGCCUCCAUUGCAAUCUGGACCAGAUUCGCGGCCAUCUUCAAGCCAUGGGCUCAGGGAAAACCGCCCAGUCUCGCAUAUUCUUCACUUGCCUAAUGAUGCUGUCAGUUCACCGGUACUGCAGCCACGGCGGUUAUCAAUCCAUAGCGGACAAUCGUUGGAUUCAGUUGUCAAUCAGGACACAGAACUUAUACAAAAUGCUACGCGGAGGCAUCAGGAGUUUAUUGAGAAGGAGGCUAGUGCUACCGACGAGGCGGAAGCGCUCCGGUUGUUUACGGAGUUUAUCAUCAGCGAGUCACAAAUUCGACGUGAGCGGUAUAGCAAGGUCUUUGAGUCUGGUUCGUUUAAUUCAGAGCAGCUACAUGAGAAACUCUUCCAGCUGCCACCAAAACCAGCCCCUGUACCCCUCAACCGGCGGUCACUCAAAGGACCUAAACUAGACAUUCCUACUACGCGUGGGGAAUCGUCGUGGAACAACUACAAGCCUUGUCUCUCCCCCAUUGCCAGCCUUGGUAUCAGCAACGAUGAGAGCUCCAGAGGGCGCGCACCGAGUCGCUGGUGGGAAUCCAAAACUGGGUCAGGUAGCGAAGGAGUCGAGCGUAGAAUUCAACGCUCAAAGCGGGAAUCCAAGUACAUGGGCCUGCCACUCGGUCUCAGGAGUAACGGGAGCGCCGAGCAUACAUUGGAGCAAUUCAACAACUACGCAGAGUAUGGCCCAGACGAGUUUCCACCGGAGAAGGUCGGAUGGCACGAGGACCAAACACUCCCUGAAUAUCCAACCCCCAGCCAAAGCAGCUACAGCACAUCCACAGAGCCCCAAAAAAUGGACGUUUCAAGACUAAUCACCCUUCCACCCCCAUACCCCCGCCAUUACCCGGCCGUCAACAAUAGCCAUCCCGAACUAGUAUCCUAUCGCACUCUCGUUCGCUCGAUAAGCGACCACACCGAGAUCAAGUCCACGCGGCAACGCCACGCCACAGACUCCGAUAACCUCUGGGCCGCCCACCGUGUACGCAUCAAAGACCACCGCCGUCAAUUCCGCGCCAACAUCCAGAGCCAAAUCCAAGACGGGAGCAUCUCCUUUGCCGAAGCCGCAGAGGCUGAAGCAGCCCUCAUCGAAGACGAGAAUCAGCGUGAACGCGCUCUCACAAAGCAACUUUUCGAUUCCUACCAGGAUACCGUCCUCAAACCACUGCAGGCAAUCCUAACGGACCGUAUCGACCGCGCAACAGUGUGCAUCGACGACCUCCGCAGCAAACUCUUCGACGACGCACAGCACGAAACACCAGAUCAGACACAGGAAGAAGGCGACGAGAAACCGGAGCUCCUUGAGAAACUCACCCAGCUCAAAUGGCUCUUCGAGGCGCGCGAGCAGCUUCAUCGCGAAAUGUACGACCUAAUCACAGCCCGCGAUGAGAAGUAUAAAGCCCUCGUUAUCCUUCCCUAUCAACAAUCCAAAAAUGAGGAGAAAAUCCGCAGCACAACGGCGUUCUUCGCACGCGAUGCCCUCGACCGCCGGGCAAGCUAUGAAAGUAACGCCCUCGCCCGUCUACAAUCUUUCCAGAGCGUCAUCGAGGAAAAUGUAGUUCGCGGUGUCGAACUGCAACUCUCCGCUUUUUGGGACAUCGCGCCCUCCCUCUCAACCCUCGUUCAGUCCAUCCCUGAAAACUUAACCGGGUUUCAGAUCCAUAUCCCAGCUAACGAGUACGAUGAAAACCCGUCGUACCUCCAGCACCCACUGCAGUAUCUAUACACGCUAGUCUCGCACGCCGAGAAAUCAAGCUACCAGUACAUCGAAUCACAGAUCAAUCUUUUCUGCCUGCUGCAUGAGGUCAAGUCUGCUGUUAUGCGCGCAAACUGUAAACUCACUGAGACAGAGCGCAUCAGACAGGGGGAGUCUGAGGAGGUUGUGAUGAGAGAGAUAAGUCUGAGUCAGGCGGACGAGGAGCGAUCGCUCACGAAUGACUUGAAAGAUAAAGUUGCUACUGUUGAGGGCCAGUGGGCUGAAGCGCUGGGCAGUCAGAUCCAGGCGUUGCGGGAGAGGGUUCGGGAGCAGUUGGAGAGGGAUGGAGGGUGGGAGGAUCUAGAGUCGUUGGAGCAGGCUUGA